AUGUCGAACUUGGCGGCCCGCUUCGCCGUGCCAUUGGGUCUGGGUGUGAUGGCGCUCCAGGCGUCGCUCUACGACGUGCCCGGUGGAUACCGCGCGGUGAUGUUCGAUCGAUUCCAGGGUGUCAAGGACCUAGCUACGGGCGAGGGCACCCACGUCCUUGUGCCAUGGCUGCAAAAGGCGAUCCUGUACGACGUGCGCAUCAAGCCGCGCAACAUCUCCACCACCACGGGCUCCAAGGAUCUGCAGAUGGUGUCGUUGACGCUGCGUGUGCUCAGCCGUCCGGACAUCCAGCACCUGCCCAAGAUCUACCAAUCUCUCGGAAUCGACUACGACGAGCGUGUGCUGCCCUCGAUCGGAAACGAGGUGCUCAAGGCCACCGUGGCGCAGUUUGAUGCGGCCGAGCUCAUCACGCAGCGCGAGGUGGUGUCGGCGCGCAUCCGCGAGGACCUGCUGAAGCGCGCCAAGGAGUUCAACAUUGUGCUCGAGGACGUGUCGAUCACGCACAUGACCUUCGGUCAGGACUUCACCAAGGCGGUCGAGCAGAAGCAGAUCGCACAGCAGGACGCCGAGCGUGCCAAGUUUAUCGUCGAGAAGGCCGAGCAGGAGCGCCAGGCGAGCGUCAUCCGCGCCGAGGGCGAGGCCGAGGCGGCACAGACCAUCUCGAGGGCGCUCGAGAAGGCCGGCGACGGUCUGCUCACCAUCCGAAGAAUCGAGGCGUCCAAGGAUAUCGCCUCGACGCUCAGCAAUGCAAAGAACGUCACCUACCUCCCGCACGGUCAGGGCAUGCUUCUCAACAUGCAGACCUAA